GCGAGAAAGGGCCCGGUCGCGCCGAGGCUCGAGCGGCCGUCGCCAUUUUGUAAGGUUCUCUCUGACGCGGGAGCCGCCGCCGCCGCCGCCGCCACCCGGAGGCUCUCGUCACGAUGGUGAAGCUGUUCAUCGGAAACCUGCCCCGGGAGGCCACCGAGCAGGAGAUCCGCUCGCUGUUCGAGCAGUACGGGAAGGUGCUGGAGUGCGACAUCAUUAAGAACUACGGCUUUGUGCACAUAGAGGACAAGACGGCGGCCGAGGAUGCCAUCCGCAACCUGCACCACUACAAGCUCCACGGCGUGAACAUCAACGUGGAAGCCAGCAAGAAUAAGAGCAAGGCUUCAACCAAGCUGCACGUGGGCAACAUCAGCCCCACCUGCACCAACCAGGAGCUGCGGGCCAAGUUUGAGGAGUACGGGCCUGUCAUCGAGUGCGACAUCGUCAAAGAUUAUGCCUUCGUGCACAUGGAGCGGGCGGAGGACGCGGUGGAGGCCAUCAGGGGCCUCGAUAACACAGAGUUCCAAGGCAAGCGAAUGCACGUGCAGUUGUCCACCAGCCGGCUUAGGACUGCGCCCGGGAUGGGAGACCAGAGCGGCUGCUAUCGGUGCGGGAAAGAGGGGCACUGGUCCAAAGAGUGUCCAGUAGACCGUACAGGCCGCGUGGCAGACUUCACUGAGCAGUACAAUGAACAGUAUGGAGCAGUGCGCACCCCUUACACCAUGGGUUAUGGGGAAUCCAUGUAUUACAACGACGCCUAUGGAGCACUGGACUACUAUAAGCGCUACCGAGUCCGCUCUUAUGAGGCAGUGGCGCAGCUGCCGCAGCUUCCGCAUACAACUACGCAGAGCAAACCAUGUCCCACCUGCCUCAGGUCCAGAGUACGGGAGUUACCAGUCACCUCAACUCCACUUCUGUCGACCCCUAUGACAGACACCUACUGCAGAACUCUGGCGCUGCCGCCACCUCGGCUGCUAUGGCUGCUGCCGCUGCCACCUCUUCCUCCUACUACGGAAGGGACAGAAGCCCACUGCGUCGUGCUGCAGCUGUGCUCCCCACAGUUGGAGAGGGCUACGGUUAUGGGCCAGAGAGCGAGCUGUCUCAGGCUUCAGCAGCUGCACGGAAUUCUCUGUAUGACAUGGCCCGGUAUGAGCGGGAGCAGUAUGUGGACCGAGCACGGUACUCAGCCUUUUAAAAACUGGAGGUAGGAUAAUUGCGGACUGAACCCUCGGGCUGCGGUCAUAUAUGAGAACUUGCUCCGCGCGGUCCCCUUUGCCGGGAUGUUUCCAUUGCUUCAUGUUUCAGUAAACAAAGGAGUUUGUGACCAACUAUGUUUUCUUUCUUAAUUUAAUUCUUCUAAGUUGACUUUUCUUUCCUCCUGAUACUUGUCUCUGUAGCCUUUCACUCUGUUCCUUAUUCUCAGCCUCUGAGCAGCCCUAGGUAAGGAAUAUGCUGGCAUCCCCUUUUUCCUGUACAGUGGAACCCUUCUUAUCUGGCUUUCCCUAGGAGUUGAACCCUUCUCCCUGCCUACCUCCAGCAUCUCCUCUCCCUUUAAAAUUACCAUGUAGUGGCAAGCAGCCUUUUAUUCUUCUCUGUUAGCUCUGGACUCUAACACUGAAGCUAAUCUUUCAGAAUUGCUAGGACCAUUGGGGGUUUUGUUGUUUUGUUUGUUUUGGUUUUUUUUUUUUUUUUUUUUUUAAUGUCUGACUUGUGAUCGUGGUACAGUAUUAGCUGAAAUUUAGACUUGUUUUAUUCCACUCCUCCCCCUUUUUUUUAUUUUUUGACAAAUAAACGUUUCUAACACUUAA